UAAACAAUAGGAGCGCAAACACACGUGGAGAAUAAUUAAAUAUUAAAUAGUAGUUGGGCAGUGGAGCAGCUUGGCAGCAGAUAAAUUAGUUGGCGGCAGUUAGUUACAUAUUAGUAGAACAAAUGCGGUGUGUUUAUUAAGCGUUUUAAGUUGAAAAGCAAUAUUUUUAAGUUUGUAUUAUUUUUAUAUAUUUUUUUCAUAAGAUAUAAAAAACAAAUUGGUGGAAUUUUUUCGGUAAGAUUUUAUUUAUAACAAAUAUUAGAUUACAAAAAAAAGUUUUACACAAUAAAAAAAACAACUUAUAGACUCCAAAAAUCCCAGCUCGGUUAUCGCAAAAAUAACAACAACAUACAAAGAUAUUUAACCAAAAAAGUAACAACAACAAAAUAAAAACAUUCAUUAACCCCAAAACGUGCUUAAGAAAUUUAAAUAGAUAACCAAAAAAUAAAACAAAAAUAAAACAAAACAAUGUCAAAUGUUGGUGGUUUUGUUAUAUAUGACUGUGACAUUGGCAUUGAUGAUGCCUGGGGUCUUCUUAUGCUCAUCAAAGGUGAGCAGUUGUUUCGAAAACUCUCACAGAAUGUUAAAAUCGAUGUGGAGAGAGAACGUCUACCAGAUGUUUAUAAAAUACUGGCAAUCACCUGUGUACAGGGCAAUACAGAUGUUGAUAGUUGUGCCCAAAAUGCCUUGAGGGUAUUAGAUAGCGUCGAUAGAUUGGAUAUUCCCGUUUAUAAGGGUUGUAAUAACCCGAUUUUACCACGAUCUUGGGAACGUACUAGUUAUUUUUAUGGAGUCGAUGGUUUUGGUGACAUCUCUGAUUUACCCGAGGUUGUCUCCACUCUGCCCCAAACUCAACAUGCGGUUAAUGUUAUGUAUUCAAUGGUUUGUACGUAUCCCUAUAUGGUUGAUUUUAUUUUGGUGGGUCCCUUGACAAAUUUCGCCAUGUGUAUUAAUAUGUAUGGCGACGCGUUUUUGAGUAAAGUUCGUAAUAUUUAUGUAAUGGGUGGAAAUUAUAGAGGCAAAGGCAAUAUAACCAAAUGUGCGGAAUUUAAUUUUAUGAUGGAUCCUGAAGCUGCACACAUUGUUUUCGAAAGUGUCAAAGAACAUGUCAUCACAGUGCUGCCUUGGGAAACUUGUGUCGACGGUGAUAUGAAUUUAGAAAUGGACUGGCGCAUCAAUGAACUGGGCAAAGUCGAGACUAAAGCCAUGCAACUAAUGAAUACCGUGGAAUGUGCAGUUUAUUUACCUAAAGGUUUUGUCAAAUGGAUUGUUUGCGAUGCCAUACUGGUGGCAGCUUAUUGUUUUCAAAAAUUGGCCAUUGCCAAACAACGUCUCUACCACGCAACAGUCGAGUUAAAUGGUACACAUACACGCGGUCAAAUGGUACUCGACCAUUUGCGUAAAGACUUAGAAAAUGCUCAGAUAAUAAUGGACAUGCACAAGGAGAACUACAAACAAAUUAUAUCAUGGACAGGUGGUUUAAUAGAUGAUGCCGAUAUGGAAAAAUGGCUGUUGACGAAUAUGUAGAAUGGACGAACUAUGCAAAUAGUUAAACAAACAUGCAUAGGGGAGGGGGGUGUUAUCAACAUUGGAAUAGUUAUUUAGAAUAUUAGUUGUAUUAUUAAUAGAAAUGGGGUUAUGUUGUGGUAUGUAUGUAAGGAUGUGGCAUGAAUAAUUAUUUUGUUUCGAGUGCUUUUGUCGU